AUGGCAGAUAUAAAUACUCUUGGGCUCCAAUUCGCACAGUUCUAUUACAAUGGUUUCCAGACUAACAGAGAAAGCUUAAGAGUUUUAUUCAACGCGGACUCUAUGCUAACGUUCGAGUCAGACCAAUUUAAAGGUGCUGAUGCCAUUAUAGGGAAAUUUCACUCUCUUACAGCCCAAAGCAUUGUCCAUCAUAUUUUGACUUUAGAUGUGCAGCCUUCUACAACUCCUGGAAGCAUGAUCAUUCUUAUCACAGGGCAGCUGCAGAUGGACCAAGAUGCACCACUUAAAUUCUCCCAAGUCUUUCAUUUAAUUCCAUCAGGCGGGUCUUAUAUAUGCACAAACAUCCUUUUCAGGCUGAAUCUUGGGUAA